GCAGCAGCAGCAGCAGCAGCAGCAACUACCACUGCACCUAAUCUUUUCUCUACACAUCACAUAAUACCAAGUACUUCUACUUUAACGCAUGCAACACAACCUUUAAUUACAACAUCCAAUCCAUUAGAUCAAACAUUACUAAAUUCGAAUGGAUUUAUCAAUCCUUUACAGCAACAACAACAACAACAACCUAUGUUUCAUCCUUUAGCAAAUCCUCAGUUAAUUCAUUCUUCUACACAUGCAAUAGGUAUGAUGCCCUCUUUCAUAGAUAGACAAAGACAAUUAUCCGUUUCUUCAACUACAUCUACAGAUAAUAAAGCUUAUUCAUUUGUGGCCAUUCCUGGUACAAAUCAGAGAAAACGCCCACGUAGAAGAUAUGAUGAAAUUGAACGACUUUAUCACUGUAAUUGGCCUGGAUGUACAAAGGCUUAUGGUACUUUAAAUCAUUUAAAUGCUCAUGUGAGCAUGCAACAACAUGGAUCUAAACGACAUCCUUCUGAAUUUAAAGAAAUGAGAAAAGAAUGGAGACGUCAAAAGAAAGAAAGAGAAGCAGCUAAAAAGGCGGCAGAGGCUGUUUAUUGUAAUCAACAACAACAACAACAACAUCCUUAUACUGCCUUUCCAACACAGAUACCAAGUAACCCUUUUAUUAUUCCACCAAAUAAUAUGUCGCUUUGGUAAUCAUUUUGAUGUAAGAAACAAACAAAUCAAAUCAAAUCAAAAAAAAAAAAAAAAAAAA